AUGUUUCCAACAGUGAAAAGCUUGAAUGACUUCUCCUUCUUGGUUCUAUGUUGGGUUGUCUUGAAGUAUCUGCCUAACCUGUCGCUGAAGCCACUGAGCGAUACUAGGUGGGAAAGUCGCAUCGAUGCACUUAUUCCCCAGAGGUUUCAGAUUGGAGGAGUUUAUGAUGCACUGGUUCAGAUAUCAGAAGAAUUCGAUGGCAUGACCACUCAUGAAGCAAACAGAAGAAAAGUUUGUGUCCUUCUUGAUGGAUUCCAAAGAAUUAGCUACAGCAUUAGAGCGAGAAGAUCUAACGUUAACACGGAUGUUUCCUCACGACGGAGUAAGAAGCCAAUACUCUUUACCUAUGAAGGAAGGGAUGAGACAAUAGGUGACCCAACAAAACGUUACAAGAUUGAAUUCUACUAUUAUAUUUUAGAUAUAGUAACCACAUAUUUGGAUGAGAGAUUCAAUCAACUGAAAUCUCAUUGUUAUUUUGAUUUUAGCUAUGACAUCGGCAAGCUGAAGAAUGCACCUCCUGACAGCCUUGACACAAAGUGUAGAAACCUCUCAGCAAUUUUUCAAGAUCAUGAGUCAAGCGACAUCGAUGCACUGGAGUUGAGGGAAGAACUAAAAGUGCUUUCAACAACAUUGAAACCUAGGAUAUGUCCAAAAGAGACUCUGAAGUCUAUGGGAAGACAUAAUUUUUGCCCUAAUGUUAACACUGCGCUGAGAAUUCUCCUAACACUCACUGGGAUUAGCUGGGUGGUCUAA